GUCGCUACAAUUAUUGAUCAAAUAAUGACGCCAAGAGCACUUCAUUAUUUUUUAUUAGAAGUUAUGAAAAAUAUGAACGAUGAUGCAACUCAUGUUAAAAAUCCAUUUACAGCUACAUAUGAAAAUGUCCGUGAUGCUUAUAAGAACAAUGAGAAGUAUCGCAGAAUUAAAAACUAA